AAAGAAAAAAAAACCAAGAAAAACCAGUUACCUGCUCUUCCUUGCCCAGAUUGCAAAAUUAUUUUUAGUACUUAUAAUGUAAUAUUUGGAAAAAUAGUAGUUUUGCCGCAAUGUUCUGUGGACCCCAUGCAGCCUCAUUGUGAAGAUAGUGAUCAGAAAAUGUACUAGUAGUUUUCAAUAAUACAUCAAGCCCUUUCCAGAACUGUAUGAGAGGCUAUCCAUUCAUUGGGGGUAAGCUCAUUGCGGGCAAAACUACAACUGACCUGCCAGCCAAUCAGAGGAAGGGACGACUUCCGGGCGGAACUGAUUUUUCCGAGCUCCGGAGCGACAGAGGAAGCAGUCCAGCGACGGACCGGGCCCGCCUUGCUCGUGCUUGCGGUGGGAUCCCAAUGGAGUAACUUACAUGAAAGUUAAAUUAAGAAACUGGACUUCGGCCCCAGUGUCUUUCGCAGCGCAUUGGUCCGAACUGGACGACCUGAUAGAGAACUGCAAAUAGAGGCAAAUGGGAGAGAAAAUAACAAGAUUUUACGUGAACAAGUGCAAACUUUCUUAAUGGAAGAGGCUCCCAAACCGACAUUUCAGGAUGAACUGGAAUGGUGCAUCACUCAACUGGAGACUGGCCUUUUGCCCAACCCAACUCCAAAACAAGCCGAUGAAACACGGCACAUCCUUAGAGUAUUGCGCUCCCACAAAGCUCCCCUUGUGAAGAAGCGGCAAAUGAUGCACCAUGUCUUUGGAGAUUACCGUCUCAAAAUGGCUGAAGAAAACAAGAGAACAGCAAAAGCUGGUGUGACGCCCGGGCAGGUAGAAAUUCAACAAGGAAACAGCCUUCCUUUGGGCAGCGUGGUGUACAGGAAGCAGCAAUCCGACAGCCCUUCUGCAGCGUCCACUUCAUUGUAAUCAUCAGAUAAUGACUUCCAAUUUAACUUCGUCCUGCCCGAAAGAACCACAGAAGAAAUGGAUAGAAUCACGGCAGAAGAACAUGGGUUGGGUGGCUCCAGAGAACAGUCUACUGGUAACGGUCCCACUAGGAUGCUGGAUUUCUCCACCGGAACACAGCAGCCCGUUGCUUUCAAUUUCACCAUCCCAGAUGCUUCCUCGCCUUCAGGUGAUGCCGUGGAUCCUGGCUGCGGAGCUUCAGCAGAAGCAGCUCCAGAGAGAGACAUCUCAUCCAAAAAAACGGUGGUGACAACAGAGAGAUCAGCCUCUUCACCAUCUGAUAGAGAUGAUGCGAAGGACUCUGUAAGCAGACGCAGCAAAGAACAUCCUAUGCAAGAGGUACCAAGAUUGGAAGCCACCCAAGUAGCUUCAACAGAGGUUGCCGCAGAAGAAUUGGUUGUAGCAGCUGGCGGACCAUCUAAGAGAAAAAGAAGAAGAAGCCGCCACCGUCAAAAGUAGCACUCGUGACAAAGGAGGC